AUGGCUGGAUGCUUAGUUCCUGAAUGUGCUGAUGAUAUUUCCAUCCUGCUAAUCGACCAUGACACUGCAUCAAUCGCGUCUCUCACAUCAAUGCUUCAACAAUUUUCAAAAAGAGUGAUGAGCGUGGAUGUGGCAAGUAAGGCUCUAUCGAUGAUUGAGAAGCAGAAGAAGGAAAUUGGACUCAUCAUAGCUAACAUUGAAAUGCCUCACAUAGACUCACAUUCGUUCCUCAAUGCUUUGCUUCUCAAAGAUAUUCCUCUCAUAUUGAUUAAUCCAGAGAUAAAGACAAAAGAACCAUCAGAUCUUUUGACAAAAAGAGCGUGCUUUUCUCUAGAUAAACCAAUUUCAAAUGACGACAUCAAAAACAUGUGGCAACACGUCUUCUCUAAAAAGAGUCAAGAGUUAAAGAAAAUCAACAUAACUGAAGAUCAAGAGAAUGUCAUGGAUAAAGAUACAUAUCAGAUUGAAGCUUUCCGAGCAAACCUUAAGAGACAGAGAAUAAGUCAAGCUUCUUUGUUAGGAAGACGACCAUUCAUCGACACAUUUUCAACUUAUGAAACAUUCCAAAAGAGAAAAAGUAUUGCAAAUGUUGAAUGGAAAACUACACCAAGUUAUGCUAUUGAGAUUGAGAAUAAGAGAAAGGAAUGGAAGAAAAGUGUUGGAAGACGUAAGAGUUUGUGGAAUAGUGAGCGUCACAUGAAGUUUAUAGCUGCUAUCUCCAUUUUGGGUGAAGAAGAUUUUCGUCCAAAAUCCAUAUUAGAGAUUAUGAAUGACCCAAACUUAACUCAUCGUCAAGUCGGUAGCCACCUUCAGAAAUACAAGGCUCAAAUUGACCAAAUAAGCUAUACAUUGCCAAGAAAUGAAUCGAGAUCGAUAGAUAAAACAUUCGAAUAUCCUUCGAACUACAAAUAUCCUUUCAAAAUAUCAGACUUAACAAAUAAUCUCAUUGUAAGUAAUUCCUUGUGGAAUUCUUUAGAAAAGAAAAACUCUGCAUCAGCCUCUAUCACUCAAUUUUUGUUUAAAAAACCUAUUGGUGAGAAAGAGGAAACAAUGCCAAAGUUUCAUAUAGGCGGGAAAUUAGAUCUAAGCAAUCAUUCAGUUCAUGGUAACGUCCUUAACAAGCUAUCUAUGAAUGUUAACUUCGUUCCUUCAACCAUAAGUAAUAAUCCAGCUUACAAUAUUCUUUCUAUCGAUAGCUCUAGUAUCGAUAGCUCUAGCUAUACUGGUUUAGUUUCAACUGGCUUAAGUAGUGAAAAUUCUCCUAUCCUUUAUGGUUUACCAUCGAAUGAUGGUGCAUCUAACACAUGCACAUCUCAGAUGGAAUCCGAAAGGAUUUCUAUUCCGCAGUAUGAUCCUAAUCAAUGUCACCCACAUAGAUCCAUCCUUGAAACUGAUGUAAACCAAAUAGAUUUAGAUUUUACUUCUAUACUAGAUUCUUUCGAUCCUCUAGUAGAUGAGUGCCUUAUGAAGGAAAACAAUAGAUUUCUUCCAAACCCUACCAUGAACCUUUUGGAUACCGAUAUAGACAAGAUGGAUUGGGUUUCAUUUAUAGAAAACCUUAGUCACCAUGAUAUCAAUAUGAACCAUAUGGAUUGGGAUCCUUCAACAGCAAAUUACGUUCUUCCUGAAACCAACAUGAACAUAAAUUUUCCUGAAAAACAUACAAACGAGAUAGGUUGGGUUUCUUCACAAGUAGGUUAUGUUCCUUUUGAAAAUAUGAUUCCCUCUGAAGUAGAUAUAAACCAUAUGGGCAUGGGUUAUUCUGGAGGAAGUAUUCCCCCUCAAGAAGAAACUAAUACAAAUAAUGUGGGCUUUGUUUCUUGUGAAAUACAUAGUGAAAUCCCUCCCAAAACUAAUAUGGCCAUUCUAGAAACCAAUUAUUCAAAUCCGUUAGAUUGGGUUUUCCCUGAAGAUAUAACUUCACUCGAAACCAAUACCAUCCAAAAGAGUUUGGUUUCUUGUGAAACAAGUUACGAUGCUUUGGAUAAUAUGGUUCCUUUGGAAACCAAUAUGGAAGAGAUGAACGAUGCUCUUUACGAUAUUUCGAUUGAAGAUCUGAUUUCUUUUGACAUUGAUGCCAAUGAGAAGGAUAUAUUCUCUUGGUUAGAAGACAAUGGUUUUUCUGAGGAAAAUAAUAUGAUGGAGUCAUGCGAAUAUCAUAAUAUAGAAUCUGUGAAUCAAAGUGAUGAUAUGAAGAUAGACGAUAACUUUGAUGAUUAUCGUGAAUGCAUGGAUUGGAUUAACGAAGAGAUGAAUAAAGAUGUAUGA